GUUUACCGGAGUUUUGAAUCGGUGACCACAGGAAUUCUCAAUGGCGUCUACAGAAGGGAAGAAAGAAGUAAAGAUGAUUUCAAAUCUGUCCAACCAAGUACUUCUUCAGUACGAAAGCCUCCAAAAAGAACAUGAGAAAAUCAAAAAGGAGUGUAAACAAAUACAAGAGGAAAGAGAUGAGGCCUUACAGAAUCUAAAGGAAUUUAAACAAGUGUCUCACAGGGUGAUCGAGGAGGUGAACAACAUUCAGGAGAAUCUAGAGAUCGAAAAGACAUGCAGACAGAGUGUAGAGGCUUUGGCCUCCAAUUUGAACAGACAGAACCGCUCUCUGAAGAGGAAAAGUAUGCUCUAUAUAUCCAGUCUUAAUGCCAAUGUUGUUGCUGAGAUAAAUCUUGAUGAUGAAGAAGAUGAAGAUCCACAGGAGGAGGAAUUAGGUCUCUGUAGCUCCUCCCACUGUCAGCUCAUCAUCACAGAGCUGAGGGAUAAACAAGAGGUGAUCCUGGCAGAGAAGAAGCACAUAGCGAUUGAUCUGGAGAAGACAAGAGAACAGCUUUGCCAGACUAGACAGGAACUGCUGAAAGAGAAACAUGAUAAUACUGUUUUGAUUGCUGAAACGUUCCAACAAAAGAAGCUGUUGGGAAAAUACAACAGAGUGUCUCAGUAUGCUCUGGUGGAGUUUGAGUCCUUGCAAGAGGGUCUAAAGCUUGAGAAGGACCUACGUUCUGAAGCAGAGAAGUUUGCGCAUGAGGUGAAGGCUCUGGAAGUACAGGUAAAUGGCAUUGAGUUAAUGAAGCAGCUGACAACUUUACAGAAACAAACCGAACUGCUAGAGGAGGAGAGAAAAGAAUGGCAGCACAAAUACACUAAAGCUGAAACCGAGAACAAAGACCUCAGAUUUUCAGUGGAGGAACUGAAGAAGAAACUUCAGCAGGCCUCCGACCCACCAUCAGCUGCCCCAGUGCCACCUCCUCCACCACCGCCACCUCCUCCACCUUCUGCUACCUCAAGCAACCCACUCAGCUCAUUAUUGUCUUUACUCCGGAAGAAAAAAGAUGUCAACACUGAAAUUCCAUUAGUAGAGAAGGACUCCUCUGACAAAAGCGCAGAGAAGGACGUUAGACAGCAGGCUGUUGAUGAGAUGAUGCUGCGAAUCAAAAAAGGCGUUCAACUCCGGCCUGUUUCCCAGACAACCAACAGAGCCCGAAAGAACAGACACCAUCAAAUUCUGCCAUACAAGAACUUCAGGGAAUCCUGGUGGCGAUAUGCACGAAGAAUGUGAAUCCCCAAAAAUAAAAGAACAAGAAAGUGAAAGUUGAGUUUUAUGUUCUGGCCACCAUUCACUUGUAUUGUAUGGACCUACAGAGAUGAGAUCUUCUUCCAAAAAACUUUAUUUGUGUACAUUGUACUUGUGUUCAGUAGAAGAAAGUCAUGCACAUCUAAGAUGGAGAGGUGAACUACCCCUGUAAUGCACUCCAGAACUAAAUGAACCAAACUCUGUAAAGCAUCCCAGCCCCUCCCCCUCAUCUGGGACAGGGCCUCCUUCUGCAUCACCAAAGUCAGAGCUAGAGAAAGCCCUGCACAGACGGAGGCAAGCGUUAAAGACUACACAGAAUAACACGACUCCCAAUAGUUUUUUGGAUGUGACCCAGAUUAAUCAGACCCAGCCAGAAACAGGCCAGAGCACAAGGGACCAGGACACACAGCUCAACAACCACAAAUUGCACUGACCAACCCAAAACCGCAAAGGAUUGCAUUGGUUGUGGAAAUCUGGAGCACAAUGAAUGGAAAUGUUGGAAGGAAGAAAAAAAUACUGAUCUUGCAUACAAAUUUACACACACCAGGAUGAGGAUUUAAUGAAAAAUGCAUGGCCAUUUCAUAUAGAAAUAAUUAUUAUAU